UCCCAGCUUGAGGAAUCUGUAGGUGACGUACAAUCUACUGCAUCAACAGAUACUGAGGUCUCGAGGCCUCGCAAACGACAAAGAAUCGAUAGCAUAAACACUCUGGAAUCCACCUCUACCUUCCUGACCGUCAACAACAGUCUUCGCGUCACUAAUUCGCCUCUAAACGACAUGCGAAAUCCUGAACCUGAACCUGAUAGUCAUUCCAACUUAUCUUCUUCAUAUGAUUUUGUACCAGAGGCAGGCCCGUCUUGCGUCACCUUGGACAAGGCUGGCCAUUCCAAUGGAAUAAAUAAGGAGAAUGGGUACUCUACUCCGCUGUCAAAUGGUACUAUUUCGAACGGAUCUUCAACAAUGGGAAAUGGCCUCGCCAAGCACAGUUCAUCCAUCACGCGAGUGUCACUGCCAGGCACCACCCUCUACGACGACCCAUACCUUGAUCGAGAAGAGUUUGUGAGACUAGUUAUCCAAAGUCUUAGAGACGUCGGGUAUAUAGAAUCUGCUGCCACUCUCGAAGCUGAGUCAGGGUACUCGUUAGAAGCACCGGAAGUGUCGGAAUUUCGGCAACACAUCCUGCGCGGUGCCUGGGCCAAUGCAGAGCCUUUGCUCAUUGAACUUGGGGUGACUGAUGCUGACGCUCUUCUGGAUGCACGCUUUCUCAUUGGAAAGCAGAAGUAUCUUGAAUUACUUGAGGCACGGAAAACGACCGCUGCGCUGCAGGUACUGCGGAAUGAUCUGGCUCCGUACAGUACCGCGUUAGAACAGGAUGAACUCCACGCAUUAUCUAGCUUAAUGAUGUGUUCAGAUCCACAAGAUCUGCGUCGACGUGCAUCUUGGGAUGGAGCGUCGGGAAAUUCACGGCGACAACUUCUUGAUGAUCUACAACAUUAUAUACCUUCUUCGACCAUGAUUCCCCAGCGCCGAUUUUCUACCCUUCUCACACAGUCGCGAGAAUAUCAACGACAACGUUGCCUCUACCACAACUCCCCCGUGAAUCCAUCUUCAUCCUCACUAUUCAGUGACCACACAUGUGACAAGGAAUCCUUCCCUCGAAUAACAACUACCAUCCUCGAAGUCCAUUCAGACGAGGUGUGGAAUGUGGCCUGGAGUCAUGAUGGUACACAUCUAGCAAGCGCAAGUAAAGAUAAGACUGCUAUUAUUUGGCGCAUUGGGCUCGAGGCAGAACCAUCAUCCCGUGAUUGUAUAGCAGAAUUCAUCUUGCGCGAUCACCCAUAUCCUCUCGGUUGUUUGGCCUGGUCACUAGACGACUCUAUCUUAUCUACGUCUGCGGAUCACCUCAUUUUGCUUUGGAACACAAAGACUGGAGCUCUGAUGAAGACGCUCGAGAAUCACGCUGAGACAGUGUCUGCCUUGGUAUGGCUCCCUGACGGCUCAGGGUUUAUGUCGGGUAGCCUCGAUCGUAAGAUCAUAUUAUGGGACAUGGAGGGCGAACCACGGGAAUCAUGGAAUGAUAUAGCCAUACGUGUCACUGAUGCUGCAGUGACUCCUGACAUGAGACGCCUGGUCGCUGUUGGGAUGGGAUAUAAUCCUCCUCCAACAUUGGGGACACUGGCUCGUGCUAACGUCCGAGACGCAUCUCCACCCAUUGUAUCCAACGGCAACGGUAAUGCAGUGGGGCCCCGUCCGCAGGAGAAUCGGAUGAUCAUCUACGAUCUCAAGACAGGACAGGUUGAGCUAUCUGUUCACAUGGAGGGUGAACUUACUAGCGUGAAGAUUUCCGAGGAUUCUCGGUAUGCAUUAAUCAAUCACGCUCCAGAUGAAAUACAUCUGUGGGACUUGGAAGAGUUCAGUCUUGCACGCAAGUUCACUGGGCAACGACAGGGUCAUCAUGUCAUUCGCAGUUGCUUUGGUGGCAUCCAUGGCAACUUCGUCAUUAGUGGGAGUGAAGAUCGCAAUGUCUAUGUUUGGCAUCGCGACACAGGUACACUUCUAGAGGUACUGGAAGGUCACGGCUUGGGAAGCGUGAAUUCCGUAGCCUGGAACCCCCGCAAUAAGCGCAUGUUUGCAUCGUGUUCGGACGAUAACACGAUACGUGUGUGGGAGGCACCUGUUUACGCGGGUGAACUGCUUCGAGGGUUCAGCAUCUCUGCGUCAGAGCCAGAGAUGAUUGGGAAGGGGAAGGGCAAAGUAAAGCAACCUUGGGCCUAUAACUAUGGAGGGUUAUAAUGUCUUGGGGACUCAGCGAACAUCGAUGAUCGAUGAUCUUUCGCGAAUGCUUUGCAUCCUCACUGCUUUGGCCAUCAUUGCACAACAUACAGUUAUCUGAACGC